UACACAUACGCAUACAUCCACCUCAUCUUCGAGUGAAGGACUGUUCCCCUACAACGGCAACCAUGAACGCCAUUCAGACUCACUUUUGGGCAGUGAGAGAUUACCUUGCACCCGUUUUGCGCGAAUCCAAGUUCAAGGAGCAUGGUCGUAUCACCCCCGAGGAAUUUGUGGCCGCUGGCGAUUUUCUGUCAUACAAGUUUCCCACCUGGUCCUGGUCCGCCGGCGAACCCUCCAAGACGCGCGAGUUCCUACCCAAGGACAAGCAGUACCUCAUCUCCCGCGGCGUACCUUGUCUGCGCAGAGUCAGCCAAAUUGAGAGCGCAGCUCUAGGUGGGAAGAAGGGCAAAGGGAGAGCAGGCGGAGGUGUAGCUGGAGAUGAGAAGAUGCUCAGCUUUGCAGAGGGUCAGGAUGGGGUAGAAGGGACUGGGGGUGAAGAGGACUGGCUGGCAACGCACCUCGAUGAUCAGCAACAGCUGGAAGAGGUCGGCGAAAUAGCAGACAUACCAGAUAAUGACCCUCCAGCAGGUGCAGCCUCCCUGACGCCGGGUGAAGAAGACGCCUUGGCUUCUCAAGUGGCUGGUACCUCACUAUCAACAGCAGCAGGGGAGGAUGGCGACGGCGACGAUGCGGAGGUGGGGGACAUACCUGACAUGGACGAUGAGGAUGACGACGAAGACGGGCUGGGUGGCAUGGGAGCAGGCGUGGUAGAGCACGACGAUCCUGCCACUCUCGCCCCACCGCCAUCAACAGCAGCAGCCAACGCUUCCACCGAGUCCGCCUCUUCUUCGAACAACCUGCUCUCAGUGAGGACCUACGACUGUCUCAUCACCUACGACAAAUACUACCAAACUCCCCGGAUGUGGCUCAUCGGCUACGACGAGUCCGGCUCUCCUCUCAAGCCCUCGGAGAUUUUCGAGGACAUCUCCUCCGACUAUGCCCAAAAGACAGUCACCAUCGAGCCCUUCCCACACAAGAGUGGUCUGAGCACCGCCAGCGUGCAUCCUUGCAAGCAUGCCAGUGUGAUGAAAAAGGUCAUUGAGCGUAUGGACCAAGGUGUCAUCGAGGAGCAGAAGAGACUACGAGCUGGCGGGGGUAGCAGUGGCGGUACGCCAGAUGAAGGGGUCGCAGGAGGAGCGGCGGUAGCGGACAAGAAGAAGAAGAAGAAGUGGGGUCUGGUAGGAGGAGCGAUGAAGAAGGUCGCGGGCAAGUCUUCCUCCACCGCUGCUGCUGCUGCUGGGACAGAGGGAGGCGCGACUGCUGAAGGCGGGGCAGACGUACUUGGAGGGGAAGCAGGAGGUGUCGAGACGGACAUCGAGGGCUUACGCGUGGACCAGUACCUCCUCGUCUUUCUCAAGUUCAUGGCCAGCAUCGUGCCUGCCAUUGAGAUUGACGCCACGCAGUCCUUCUAAGGGCAGCCGCUCUGAAGCGUUGCCGCGUUACAGAAUCGUUUGCUCAUGUGGAUAAAAGUGGUUGAAGUAGACGUCUCACAGGUCGAAGUCUAGGCGAAAGCGACGGCCCCCCUCUCACGGUACAGCAAGCGUGUUAAUAUCACACUGUUUC